AUGCGACACAACGAGAGGUCGAAGAAAAUCGUGCUUCAAGGUGUGAAGCUCCUGUUCCAUUCCGAGUAUGUGGCUCUAGUCCAGUACGUCGAGUCGAUAACCCCCAUUGUGUUCUUCAUCUACAAGUCCGUAUUGGAGCUGCUGCCGAACGUCGUGUACUACCCUGGUGGAGCUGGCACUUGGGGCAUGGUAUCGAUUGCGAAUAUUUUGCUAUUUGCGGUACUGGAAGUUGGGCUUUUGAUUUCGUUCAACACGUUCCUGCGGCACAAGUUCGCGUUCUCUCCAUUGUACCAACUGGCGUUUGUGCUGGAAACGGAGUUUUAUCCAGUUCAAGCAAUCCUGUUUGCUUUGAUUCUCAAUGUUUUGCAAUACGAGCUGGCACAUCUCGGCGCCGACUUUACUCUUCAAUUCGAGUGGCUCCACCGCCCGAACCCCUAA